GCUAAUGUCUCUGAGCGAGGCUCGCUCUCUCUACACACGCAGGCGGAGAGAUGAUUAACCAGCGCCUGGAUCCAUCUCAAUAAGACGACUCGCAACACGGAGAGCCUGACUCAAGUCCACAGCAGCAGGAGGCUGGAAGGAUCUCUGCCGGGUGCUGCUGCUGGUGGUGGUGGGGGGAUUGCCGUGCAGAAGACCCCACCGUUUGGGAGAUAACGUCGGGGUUCUCGUACACGUACGCGCGGCAGGACGAUGAGGGUCCGCUGAAGACGGGCACCAUGUGUGGAAGUUGGGUGCUGCUCCUGCUCUUGGGAUGGCUGAGCUGCCAAGGAGCCAGAGCUGACAGGAAGAGAGGCAAUCUCACCAUGGCCGUGGUCCUCCCGGAAAAAAACACAGCGUACCCCUGGGCUUGGCCGAGAGUGGGGCCGGCUAUCCGGCUGGCCGUGGACAGGAUCAACGCCGACCCGUCUCUUCUCCCGGACCUCCGCGUCCUUUUCCACCACGGAAACAGCGAGAACAAGCAAGGCAACUGCUCAGACGCCUCUGCCCCCCUGGUAGCGGUCGACCUCCAGUUCACCUACCGCCCCGAGGUCUUUCUGGGCCCCGGGUGCAUGUACUCAGCCGCUCCGGUGGGGCGCUUCACCGGGCACUGGAGGGUACCGCUUAUCACCGCCGGGGCCGCCGCCUACGGCUUUGGGGAGAAGGUCGAGGAAUACAGGUUCACCACGAGGACCGGACCCAUCUACACCAAGCUCGGCCAGUUUGUGGCUCAGAUCCACCAGCAGUUCAACUGGACCAGCAGGGCCAUGGUGGUCUACACGGACGACAAGGUGGACGACCGUCCCUGCUACUUCACCAUGGAAGGACUCUACGUGGAGCUGCCCAAGUUCAAUAACUUGACCGUGGUCGAUAUGCAGUUCAAGGAACUGGAGCUCACCAACUACACCUCCUACAUCCAGGACAUCAAGCAGAAGGGACGCAUUAUCUACUUAUGCUGCUCACCAGACACUUUCCGCCAGCUCGUGCUGCACGCUCUUAGCCACGGGCUGUGCUCGGGUGACUAUGUCUUCUUCUACAUCGAUGUCUAUGGUGCCAGUUUGCAUGGCUCCAGCUUCCCCGACCCGCAGCGACCCUGGUAUAGAGGAGACGCAGAGGAUGCCAGAGCCAGAGAGGCUUUUAAGGCAGUGAUGAUUAUCACUUACAAGGAGCCAGACAACCCUGAAUAUCAAGACUUCCUGGGGGACCUGAAGCGUUACGCCGAGGAGUACUUCAACUACUCGACAGAGAUCACCUUGAUGAAUACUGUAGCAGCUGCCUUCUACGACAGCGUCAUGCUGUACGCUCAUGCGGUCAAUGAGACACGAGCCAAGGGUUACAGCAUGAAGAACGCCUCUGCGGUAACCAGUCACAUGUGGAAUAGAACCUUCUACGGAGUGUCAGGAUUCAUGAAGAUUGAUAGUAAUGGCGACCGUGAGAAUGACUAUUCCUUGUGGGGGAUGUCCGAGCCAAGCGGGGAGUUCCAGAUCGUGUUAAAUUACAAUGGGACACUGCGGAGCAUCAGGCCUGUGCGGGGGCGAGAGAUCCAGUGGCUGGGCAAAAAGAUCCCAAGAGACGUCCCUCCCUGUGGGUUCGAUAAUGACAACCCAGAGUGCAGGAAAGCCAGCUUCUCCAUCCUGGAGAUAACCUCCAUCGUUAUGUGUUUCAUCCUCCUGGCGAUCACCAUUUCCUCCAUCUUUAUAUACAGGAAGCUGCGUUUGGAGAAAGAGUUGGCGGCCGAGCUGUGGAAAAUCCGUUGGGAGGACAUUCAAACCAGCAACACGGAGAAGAACCUGCGCAGGGCAGGCAGCAAGCUCACCCUAUCGCUGAGGGGGUCAAACUACGGUUCCCUUCUCACCACCGAGGGGCAGUUCCAGAUUUAUGCCAAGACUGCGUACUACAAGGGUAACAUUGUUGCCAUUAAGUAUAUAAACCGCAAACGCAUUGAAUUGACUCGCAAGGUCCUGUUUGAGCUGAAACAUAUGAGAGACGUGCAGAACGAGCAUCUCACCCGCUUUGUGGGGUGCUGCAUUGACCCUCCCAACAUCUGCAUCCUGUCUGAGUACUGCCCCCGAGGAAGCCUGCAGGAUAUUUUGGAAAAUGAAAGCAUUACCCUGGACUGGAUGUUCCGAUACUCUCUAACCAACGACAUUGUGAAGGGGAUGCUCUUCCUCCAUAACAGCGUCAUCGUGUCCCACGGAAGUCUCAAGUCCUCGAACUGCGUGGUGGACAGCCGCUUCGUUCUGAAGAUCACGGAUUACGGGCUGGCCAGCUUCCGCUGCGCUCUGGACUCAGAGGACAGCCACGCAUAUUUUGCGAAGAAGCUAUGGACUGCUCCUGAACUGCUCCGAAUGGAGAAUUCUCCCGCGCAAGGCUCCCAGAAAGGAGACGUGUACAGCUUUGGGAUCAUACUGCAGGAGAUAGCCAUGCGCAAUGGGGUCUUUUACAUAGAAAAUGCAGAUUAUAGCCCAAAAGAGAUCAUCGAGCGUGUCCGGAGCCGAGAGAAGCCGAGCUUCAGACCUUCCACCAACCUGUAUUGCCAUAUCCAGGAGCUGGAGGUUCUCAUGCAGCGAUGCUGGGCGGAAGACCCCUUAGAACGGCCAGACUUCAACCAGAUCAAAGUGCAGCUGCGCAAGUUCAACAGGGAAAGCAGCUCCAAUAUUCUAGAUAACCUGCUGAGCCGUAUGGAGCAGUACGCUAAUAACCUCGAGGAGCUGGUGGAGGACAGAACACAGGCCUACCUGGAGGAGAAACGGAAAGCUGAGGCUCUGCUCUACCAGAUACUGCCCCACUCUGUGGCCGAACAGCUGAAGAGAGGGGAAACUGUACAGGCCGAAGCUUUUGACAGCGUCACCAUUUACUUCAGUGACAUUGUGGGGUUUACAGCGCUAUCGGCAGAGAGCACCCCUAUGCAGGUGGUGACCUUACUGAAUGACCUGUACACCUGCUUUGAUGCAAUAAUAGACAAUUUUGAUGUGUACAAGGUGGAGACAAUAGGAGAUGCCUACAUGGUGGUCUCUGGUCUGCCAGUCCGCAAUGGCAAGCUCCACGCCCGUGAGAUCGCCCGCAUGUCUCUCGCUCUCCUGGAUGCUGUAAAGACCUUCAAAAUCAGGCACAGACCUGACCAGCAGCUGCGGCUCAGGAUCGGGAUCCACACAGGUCCGGUCUGUGCUGGGGUAGUGGGGCUGAAGAUGCCACGAUAUUGUCUGUUUGGGGACACUGUGAAUACUGCGUCGCGCAUGGAAUCUAACGGAGAAGCUCUUAAAAUCCACGUUUCUCCGGCCACCAGGAACGUAUUAGAGGAGUUUAACUGCUUUGAGCUGGAGCUGCGAGGAGAUGUGGAAAUGAAGGGUAAAGGAAAGGUGCGGACAUAUUGGCUGCAGGGGGAGAGGAGCAGCAGCACUCGUGGGUGACAUUGGGUCCUGCAACCCCCCCCCCAGACGAUCCGUCCCCUCAGUGUGCUUUUACCUCUGGGGUAAGACUCACAGGUCCAUCCACGCCCUUAUCACCCAACCAGGACUCUACAGGGGGAUGUGGCGUAAUACCCACUUGAUGUGGACUCACAGGACUAAGGCAGUAGGUCACCUCCUACUUGCCACGUGAACCCAGCCACUGAGCGGACACUACACUACACUACACGGAGUGCUACUAAGCAGCCCCGGGACAUGGACAACCUAGAGGGGGUCCUGGUGGAAACAUGUCAUUCAAGAACUAGGUGAACCUCCUCCUUCCUCAACCCUUCAGAUUAAAUGCCACUUGACAGAAGAUUGUGCCCAAAAUGACUGCCUUCCUGCCCCACGUCUGUGUAACGUGCGAUUGUCUCCAUGCAACGUGCGUACGACUCACACUCCAUCCUCGUCUCAGAAGCAUUUGGAUGCGGUCAUGGUCUCCACGGACCGGCCCGGCUGCUAGAAUGAAACCCAAUAUAGCGGUUAUGUCCCGUAUAGACACUGUACAGCCAACGUACCAUAAAGCGCACAGCGCCAGCGCGGUUUGAGACGGUGCCCCCCUCCCCCCAGCUACGCUUGUUUUCUUUGUGUUAAUUGUCGGUUGUCGGGGAGACGACACCUUUUUUGACAGGUGUUCUAAGCCUUCAUAAUGUCCGUUUAUUUUGUCUUUGUGUCGACGAACGCUGUGGAAGUACAAAACCAAUCAAAAGAGCGGCCCCGCCCCCUGCGUCUUCACCGGGACGAUUUCCAGCCAAUGGGGACGCGGUAUGCGGGCAUCACAAAAGACUGGCAGAUGGCUCCUGUGUACAGUCCACAGAUGUGAAACGCGUUCCCUUAUUGUACGGAUAUAAAGAUUUCUAAAUGGU